AUGUGUGGAAUAACUGCAUUCUUAAGUCACGCUGGAGAGGCUAGCUCCAAUGAACAGACCAACGGCCAAGCUCAGCAUGUGGCCGCUGAAUUGGAGAACAGUCUAAAUAUUGUUGCCCAUCGUGGGCCAGAUGCUCGCGGGCGUUGGUUCAGUGACGAUUACCAAGUUGGCCUUGGUCAUGUUCGAUUGUCGAUAAUCGAUCUUAGCCCCAGUGGUAAUCAGCCAUUUCAUGAUGAAAGCAACGAAAUUCAUGCCGUUAUCAAUGGCGAGCUGUAUGACUACGAGCGUUACCGUGCUCAGUUAGCCAGUGAAUUUAAAUUCGCGGGAAAGAGUGACUGCGAAAUCGUCAUUGCCUUGUACAAACAUUAUGGCCUCUCUUUUAUGUCUCAUUUGAGAGGCGAGUUUGCAUUUGUGAUCUGGGAUGCCAACCGCCAGUUACUCUUGGCAGCAAGAGACCGGUAUGGAAUUAAAUCACUCUACUAUACAGUGAUCCAAGGGAAGUUAUUGGUGGCAACAGAGAUCAAGUCUUUCAUGGCGUUUGGGUUACAGCCAGAAUGGUGCGUUCGAACGUUGCGAGACCAAAGCUGGAGAGUGGAAUCGCGCACUUUCUUUAAAGGCGUGCAUAGGGUGCUUCCGGGACACUAUCUCAUGUGUCGGCCUAAUGAGAGAGAAGAACAAAUGCCAUACUGGGAUCUUGAAUAUCCCGACAAAUUUUCCCACGAGAUACGAUCAGAAGAGGAAAUGGUGCAAGGGGUAAGGGAGCGUCUUCUGGAGGCUGUGAGACUGCGAUUGAAAGCGGAUGUUCCUGUUGCCAUCUACCUCAGUGGUGGAAUAGACUCUUCCUCGGUUGCUGGAAUGGUAGCCGAUCUCAUGAAAAAGGGGACAAAGCUGGGUAGCGAGUCCAACUCAGUCCCUUCGAACAUGAAAUGCUUCACCGUUCAAUUCGAUGCGGAUAGCGGUGCAGAUGAGUCGGAGAUUGCUCAACGCACAGCGGAAUGGCUGGGUGUCGAUAUUCAUUUUGUCAAAAUGGACGAAGAGGCCCUUGUGUCACGCCUGGAAGAUGCUGUCUGGCACAGUGAAAUUCCUCUCCCUGAUCUCAACGGAAUGGGUCGGCUGGCACUAGCCGAAGCGGUACACUCUCAGGGUUUUAAGGUCGUGAUCACUGGAGAAGGAUCGGAUGAGCAUUUUGCGGGCUACCGUGUGUUCCGGGCGGAUUCGCUGAGUGAGCCCGAUCAUUCAUGGCCAGCGCUGCACAUCCCCGAUACCGAUCGCGAGGAAGCAUUGGAUACAGCGAUCGAGCAAGUCACAAACGGAAUAUUCGGUGACCACAGUCCGACCGUUCCAACUGCAACGAGACGCAUGUUGAACCACAGCCACGUCAUCAGCUCCAUUGCAAGAGUUGGCAGCAUGCCAUUCUCAGACUGGACGAAAUCCUACAGCGAUGAUAUACCGGAGACUAGCCUCAUUGCAGGAUUCGACGGGCGUGUCCGUGAAAACAUAAGCAAUCGUUGGCACCCUCUUCACACUGCCCAAUACCUGUGGACAAAAUCAUUUAUGCCUCAUUUUAUCCUGCGAUAUAACGGAGAUAACAUCGACAUGGUCAAUCAAGUCGAAAGUCGUUGCCCCUUCCUUGAUCAUCACCUGACGGAAUAUGUUAACAAGGUGCCACCGAGUCUCAAGAUGAAGUACAGUGCGAAAGAUAAAGCGUUUCGCGAGAAGUAUAUCCUUCGAGAAGCUGUGAGGCCUUACGUCACCGACGAGAUCUACAACAUCAGAAAGAAACCCUAUCUAGGCCCGAGAAGAUUCUGGCCGGGUGGACCAUUGCACCGGAAGAUGAAGUACCUGGUUACAAAGGAAAACGUGGAACGUCUGGGUUUUGUGGACUGGAAUGCGACGGAAAGAGCCCUGGAAGAAGCCUUUAACAAGCAGGAACCCCUAGCACUCCGCCGCACCAUUACCGUUGCUCAGUUUGUGGUGCUAGGGCAGCGUUUUGGGGUCAAGUCAGCUGGUGCCCAGUCGAGUUAA